CAGAGCUGAAUCACUACCUUUCCCUGCAUACUCUGAACUGUUGCCUGCGAAAGAGAACUGUGGACUUAACUAUUCAGGCUGCUUCUAUUCAAGUGUUUCAGACGGUAUCAUACACAUCCAAACAGACACUUGUCUCAGCUCUUUGGAGUUUAUAAGGAGCAGGCAUCUGAAACCGCACUUGGAAGCUGUAAGCGGCAGCUGGCAUUUUAAGUAACUAAUAGAAGGUGCUUUUCUGUUUUGCACUGGAAAGAUAUUCCAGAGAUGUUCCUGAACAAGUUGCCUGUUGGUGCAAGCCUCAAAAGGGAUACUUAAAUGGCCCACCCCAUUCAUCCCGUGAGCCAGGGAAGAGUGGUGCUUCUCAGCCCUGGCUGCGUUUCAAAAUCACCUGUGGAACUUUAAGCACUAAAGAUGUUCAUGCCCCACACGGACCUACUGAAUCAGAACCUCUGAAGGAAGGACACAGGAAAAUAAAUCUGUUGAAGAAUCUUAAGAGUAAAUCUUCUGAGCCUCGACCUACUGCCGUUAGCAUCUCUGAGACCUCCUCCAUCUGAGAAUUACCAGGUCUGACAACACUUUCCCUCCAGCCUACAGUGAGGGACAUCAAUAAAGCAGUAGAAAACUCACAUCCUCUAGACUUACAGCCCUCAAGCUAUGGCAGCUGGGCAGGAACCUUACAAGCUCCAUCCUUAGGGAAGAUUUAGAAAGACAAGAAGGGUGAAAAUUCAGAUAUGGUGAGCCUGAAAUAUACAGAAGCAUUUAGAAAGUCUCCUCACAGAAGAACCCAAUUAAAUCCACGUAAUUAGUGUACACAUUUAGAUGAGCUGUAGGUAAAAUGGAGCCCUUUCUUCCUCUACCAAAGCAGAGUAAAAGUCUGAUUUAAUAUUCUGAAAGAUCUUGUCCCAAUACCAGUAUUAUAAAGCAGUUUCACCAUAUUUGUUUUCAUCAGUAUAAGAGUAGGACUGUGGAAAAUAAAAGACUUAUUUAUAUAUAUAUAUAUUUUUAAAAAAUGAUCAAGAAGUUCUGAUAAAACCUAUUUGGGAGGGGGGUGCUGUGCUGGAGGACAGAGAGGGUGUGGCAAUUGCCAAAUUAGAACAUCACCAUUUUUCUUGCUGUACGCUACUGACUUGGCUCUGGUUGUGAUUGUUUUGUAUGAGAUUGUUAGAACACCUCAAUAUUCAAAAUUCAGAGACAGUCUAAGUGACUGUGGAAUGCCUCAAGGGCAAUAGAAAUCAAAUAGAAACAGGUAGCAACUCAAGCCUUAAGUGAUGACGGAGGUGCAUUUCAAAUACCAUGGAAAUCUCACUGGGCGGGCCCAUUACCCCACCCUGGCAACAGAGGUUGACACCACUUCAGAUAAGUAUUCCAACCUGUACAUGUAUGUGGGCUUAUUCCUGAGCCUCCUGGCUAUUCUCCUCAUUCUGCUCUUCACAAUGCUCCUUCGGCUCAAACAUGUCAUCUCGCCCAUCACCUCUGAGAGCACAGACAGUGUUCCUCAAUUCACAGAUGUAGAGAUGCAGAGUCGAAUCCCUACUCCUUAAAGCCAGGAUGAAGAUGAGCAUUAGUGGAUCUCAGUAAACCCUUGUACUUUGAUGUCCAGGAAAGCUUACUUUGUUGUACAUAGCUUCCCAUGUAGGGAAUCAAUAAGUUGUUCAUUUAACAACAAGUUGUUCAUGUUUUCUUUGUGUUAUUCUUUAUUUUGACUCUGCUUGUGUGAUAUCUAAGAGGUUUAAGACUCAUUCUUUGCCAGGACUAUAGGAAACGGCAGCUGGUUGGGAGGGCAGGUUUCCAUAGUAACCAAAGAGAUCCUGGGCCUUGAGCAAACCUCAGACCACAGAAAUUCAUAUGUGGCUGUUGUAAAAAACACAGGAUCCCUGCAAGCUCCAAGAACAAGGAAAAUUUGCCUUUGAAAGGGCUGAUUGUUCAAAGACAGUACCCCAAGAAAAUGACAAGCUUUAAUUUGGCACUUGGACCCUAAAGAAUCACCUCUGCUUACAUGAAGCUAAAUCAUGUCAGAGGUUAAUGGAAGGGACUACGAACCCUUUCCCAAGGGAGCAGUGAUUUUUUUUUCUCAUCUAAGGCUAUUAGGUUUGUCCCAAAUGAAAGAAGAGAUUAAAGAAACUGUUUCAGUUUAAAGAGCAAGUUUGCAGAAAGAAGUUUCUAGUCAACAAACUCAUCCAGAGAGGGAAAAUGUGUGUUUUAUAUUUGUGUUUUUACUAUUACUGGACUGUUAAAAACUCAGAUAAUCGCAGAUGUAUUACAAAAAUCUGGCAUGAUGAGCUUCCCCCAAACCAAGGGAAAAUAAAGUCAAAAUAUGCUCAUGACAAUGAACCUUA